AUGUUUCUUGGAAUGAGGCUUUUCAAUCAUCUACCUUCGAUUCCAGUCCAGGCUUUAAAUGUGUCUUCUAGACCCACUGGUUUAUCUCUCAAGCCUGAGACCAACAUCUCCCUGAGUUCCACUGACGGAUCUGUUCUUUUGAGCUUCAAGAGGACAAAUCUUACAUGGGUGACUCAACAAGAUGCAGAUGUGGUUGAGCUCUUUAUCUAUCUUGGGGAGCCUUGUCAUGUCUGCCAGCUUCUUCUAACGGUGUCCCAUGGUACAGAUGACUCAACUUCUCCAUCAACCGUCGAUGUCAGGACAGGGCGCUCUCUAGAUGGGCUUAAGUUGGUUGUGGAGGAAAAAGAAGGAGAACGAGUGCGCCAGGGAGGGGGGGAUGCAUUAUAUAUUGGGAGAAUAUGCAGAGUUGCAACCACCCUUGCAUUCCUUGCUCAAGUUUCUCAUGAAGACAAAAUUAACGCUGCUAUCGACCUUAGGAACAUUGAUGAUGAUGUUAUAGAUUUUUGGAAUAUCUCUGGAAUUGGGGAGUAUUGUUCUGGUGGCCAGUGUGAAGUUCGUGCUGAAAAAGGAACUUCUCGCCAUUUUUCUCCUGCAUUGUCAUCCGCAGGAAAUGAGCAAUCAAUAUUUAAGUGCUCUCAGUGUAGACGGAAGGCAUGUAAAGUGUGUUGUGCUGGAAAAGGAGCUCUUUUGCUGGCGAGCUACAACUCAAUGGAUGCCAGCUACAAUGGACUUGAGAGUGGAACAAGCUAUGGGAGCCAGGCUGACAGUUCAGCUAAUCAUGUAGUGCCAGUAGAUGGCUUCAUUUGUAAACGAUGUUGCCAUGAGAUAGUGCUCCAUGCUUUACUCCUGGACUAUGUAAGAGUGUUAAUUAGCUCGAGAAGGAAAAACAGGGCAGAUAAUGCAGCUUGUCAAGCUUUGGGCCAGGUUAUAGGAUCUUCUUACACAAGCUCCUAUACGGAUAGGAAUCACUUGCUGAAUUCCCUUUUGCUAGCUUCUUUCACUCAGUAUGAUUGA